CCCCCCAGAGUCUAUAUAAGGCCGGGGGGAGGCCGUCCGAGUGGGUUCCCCGCCAAAUCACCUCAAGGUGACUUCUCCAUUGCACAGGAGAGGCCUCUCAUCGCUCGCUCAUCGCUCGCCCUCUGGGAUAUUUCGCCGCUUAAAGAUGCCUCGCGGAAGCCGCAGCAGAACCUCAAGGGCGCCGGCGCCCGCCGCUCGCGCGGCCCCCCCAGCGCGGCCCCCACCCCGCCCUGCCUCCUCCGUGGCCCCCGCCCAUCCCCCCACGGCUGUGGGCCCCCCCGCGGCCCCCCCCCGCCAGCCGGGCCUCAUGGCCCAGAUGGCCACCACAGCGGCCGGCGUGGCCGUGGGCUCGGCCAUGGGCCACGUGCUGGGGGGGGCCCUCUCUGGGGCCUUGGGGGGGGGCGGAGGGGGGGAAGCGGCGCCAGCAGAGGCCGCUCGCCCUGACGUCACCUACCAGGAGCCUCCUCAGCCGCUGUUCCAGCGGCAGCCGUGCAGCGUGGAGAUGAAGCAGUUCCUGGAGUGUGCCCAGAGCCAGUACGACCUGGGCCUGUGCGAGGGCUUCAACGAGGCGCUGCGUCAGUGCAAGACGGCCAACGGAUUGUAGUGGUCGAGAUCUGUACAGGAAUGGGAGUCGCAAGGCUGCAGAGCCUGGCCAUGAGUGGAGGAGGUGGAGGAGGAGAGACCCUCAGCUGUCCCAGCACCAACACCAUCACCAGCACCAACACCAUCACCAGCACCACCAAUCAUUAC